AUGGCCAACUCAGGCCUCCAGCUCCUGGGCUACUUCCUAGCCCUGGGGGGCUGGGUGGGCAUCAUCGCCAGCACGGCCUUGCCACAGUGGAAGCAGUCGUCCUAUGCCGGCGACGCCAUCAUCACCGCCGUGGGCCUCUAUGAGGGGCUGUGGAUGUCCUGCGCCUCCCAGAGCACCGGGCAGGUGCAGUGCAAGCUCUACGACUCCCUGCUCGCCCUGGACGGUCACAUCCAGUCAGCAAGAGCCCUGAUGGUGGUGGCCGUGCUCCUGGGCUUCGUGGCCAUGGUCCUCAGUGUGGUGGGUAUGAAGUGUACCCGGGUUGGAGACAGCAACCCCAUUGCCAAGGGACGCGUAGCCAUCUCCGGGGGUGCCCUCUUCCUCCUUGCCGGCCUCUGCACACUGACGGCUGUCUCAUGGUAUGCCACCCUGGUGACCCAGGAGUUCUUCAACCCAAGCACACCUGUCAAUGCCAGGUACGAAUUUGGCCCAGCCCUGUUCGUGGGCUGGGCUUCUGCUGGCCUGGCCAUGCUGGGGGGCUCCUUUCUCUGCUGCACGUGCCCGGAGCCUGAGCGGUCUAACAAUACCCCACAGCCCUACCGACCUGGGCCGUCAGCUGCUGCCCGAGAACCAAUUGUUAAAUUGUCUGCCUCCACCAAGGGCCCCCUGGGUGUGUAA